CCUCACCCAAAAACAACAAAAGCCUUCCUCACCUUCUCUCCAUUCAGAACACCCCCAUCACCACAGAUCCCACCCUCCCCAAAUUAAUUCAAAAUGUCCAUCAACGCCUUCCUCGAAAACCUGAGCUACGCCCAGUCCGGUGCUAAGUUCGCCGAGCUCCAGCCCGCUGCCUCCGGCAUCAACGUCGAUCUUCUCAAGGCCGCCGUUGAGGCCGUCCUCGCCGGCGGUGACGACGCCAAGGUCGAAGGCCCUCUGGCCGAUGCCCUGAAGGCUGGUUUCGAGUUCGCGGCUAAGCUUGUUAAGGAGCUGAAGUCGAAGCCUGGUCAGGAAGAGAUGCUCACUUUCUACAAGUACUUCAAGCAGGCCUCCAACGAUCCCCCUUCUAAGCCGGGGUUGAUGGACUUCGUCGGCAAGGCCAAGUACAACGCUUGGGAGAAAAUCAAGGACAUCAGCGACCAGAGGGCCCAGGCUUUGUACAUCCAGGAGGUUAGCAAAGCCAUCGAGGCGUACGGCACCAACGAAUAAGUGUUGGGCUUGAUUGUGUUGACCUAGGGAGGAAUAUGAACUUGGAUAUUAUGGGCUUGGUGACGAGUUACGAACGAAUGUUAGAUUACUGCCUUUU